AUGGCGAUCGAGAUUUGUGCCUUCUCUGGAGCCAAGAUCUACCCUGGUAAGGGUAAGAUCUAUGUCCGUGUCGACAGCAGGUCAUUCCGGUUUGUUAACGGAAAGGCAGAGUCCCUUUUCUUGCAGCGCAAGAACCCUCGCAAGAUUUCCUGGACUGUCCUCUUCCGCCGCAUGCACAAGAAGGGUAUUUCUGAGGAGGUUGCCAAGAAGCGCACCCGCCGCACUGUCAAGCACCAGCGUGCUGUUGUCGGUGCCUCCUGGGAGGCUAUUCGUGCUAAGCGCAACCAGAAGCCUGAGGUCCGUGCUGCCGCCCGUGCCGCCUCUGUCCGUGAGGGCAAGGAGAAGAAGAAGGCUGAGGAUGCCAAGAAGAAGGCUGAGAAAGCCAAGAACGCCUCCAGCGCUGCUCGUGGCCAGCCUAAGCUCUCCAAGCAAGGCGCCAAGGGUGCCAAGGUCGCUAUUGCAAACACUUCCCGUUAAGCAUCUUCUUGAGAAUUUCAAUAAAUCUCCUAUUAACAUUUCAGUUGA